AUGUCGACAGCUGCUGUAUUUGGCUCUACUGGAGCGGUGGGCUCGCAGAUCCUCGCAACACUUCUCGCCUCGGAUAAAUUCGCCUUCGUCAAGACCGUGUCGAGACGAACCCCGAACAUCGAGUCUCCAAAGCUCGAGGCUCUGCAAGAAAGUGAUACCUCAAAAUGGGGUGGCAUGAUUGGCUCCUUGACACCCAAGCCAUCUGUGGCCUUCAACGCGAUUGGUACCACGCGAGCUGCAGCUGGUGGCAUCCAAAAUCAGUGGAAGAUUGACCAUGAUUUAUGUAUCGAGAACGCCCGGGCCGCCAAGGCAGCGGGAGUGAAGACCUACGUGUUUAUAUCUAGUGCCGGGACCCGCGGCUUUCUCUCCAAUCAAGUUCCUUAUUCGAAGAUGAAAGUUGGCGUGGAGGAUGCCAUCAAGGAACUGGGGUUCGACCAUGCGAUUAUCCUGAGGCCGGGAAUGAUUCUCGGCAGAGAAGUUCCCAAAGCUGCAUUUUUCGAAAGUAUCGUGGGGAACCUCAACAAGCUCGGACAGGGUAUCCAGGACCGAAUAGGCCAAGACCAAACUAUCAUCGGGAGAGCUGCUGUAGCAGCGGCGAGAAUUGCUGAAGAAGGCAAAGCGCCCUCCAAGUUCUGGGCUUUAGAGCAGGCUGAUAUUGUCAGGCUAGGCAGAGAGGAGUGGAAGGAGUGA